GGCGCCAGAAGGCGCAUGCGCACUAGGUCCUUCGGCACCUUUUCCGCAAACAUUAAACAUGUCUGCUUCCUGGAUCUGCUUCAGUAUGUUAUGGAACUAACAUUUCUUCGCCUGAUGGGGGGUUGGCAUCUGCUCAUAGCCGUUUCAGCCGCUGCCUCUGCCCUGUCCCGCGCUGGUGAAACUCACGCAAAGGUUAACACCUCCGCUGCUGCUCAUUUCCACUCGUUCAGGAAAAAGUUUCACCGCUUAUAUGAAGUCGACAGCGAGGAACUUAUCCGUCGUCGUCUUUAUUUUCAGAAUGCUACAUUGCGACACCUAUACCUGAACUCAUUUUCUACAGAGCCACAGUCUGCCAGGUACGGAAUCAACCAGUUCUCUGACCUCUCGCAGAUGGAAUUCAGCGAUGUUUACCUGCGAGCGUUCAGUAGCAGAGCUCCUGCCUUCUCUGGAGGGUCUAUAAAGGAGUUCCCUGCCAAAUUUGACUGGAGGGAGAAGGGUGUGGUGGGACCAGUCCAGAACCAGCUAUCAUGUGGGAGUUGUUGGGCUUUUAGCGUCGUCGGUGCCGUGCAGUCUGUCUAUGCUAUCGGAGGCUCGCAGCUGGAGCAGCUCAGUGUGCAGCAGGUUGUGGACUGCUCUUUCAAAAAUAAGGGGUGCGAUGGAGGCUCCCCCUCUGUGGCUCUGACCUGGUUAAAACAGACCAAAGUAAAGCUGGUUACUCAGUCAGACUAUCCAUACAAGGCCAAAACAGGGAUCUGCCAUUUCUUCUCCCGGUCACAUGGCGGUGUUUCUGUGAAGGACUUUUCCCUACAAGACUUCAGUGGUCAAGAGGAGGCGAUGAUGGGUCAGCUGGUGCAGAAUGGUCCUUUGGCUGUUAUCGUGGAUGCUGUCAGCUGGCAGGAUUACCUGGGGGGCAUUAUCCAACACCACUGCACCAGUCAAUGGUCUAACCAUGCUGUUCUGGUUGUUGGAUAUGACACAACUGGGGAAAUCCCGUACUGGAUCGUGCAGAACUCCUGGGGAACCUCGUGGGGGAACGAGGGUUAUGUUUAUGUAAAAAUUGGCAGCAACGUCUGCGGUAAGUUCAUCACCUCAUGUGGUUUCGUACAUUUGUUUAUUUGGGUGCUGUUUAGUUUUCCCCAUGAAUUAACCAUGCGUCACUUUGGUUUCUUCGCAGGAAUCGCAGAGUCUGUGGCCGCCGUCUUUCUUUGACAAACGGUUUGUUAUUGAAGUUGUCGUAUCUGGUCGUGUCAGUCGCUGUGUGGGCGCUCACCAAUGCCAACAUGAAAUAAGUCCUGUUCUUGCCUUCAGUGUCACAUUGGAUAAUGCUUUUAUUGAAAUGUAACCAUAUUGCAUCACUAAAAGAAAAUAAAUCAUCUCAUAUGUU